AUGCCGUCGUUAACGACCUCGACCGCGGCGGCGAUCGCCCGUGCCCGUGAAAACGCCAUAAACCGUGGCGGCGACGCCGACGAGAUCUGUCCGGUCUGCAAAUCCUCCCGGUACCUAAAUCCCAACAUGCGAUUUCUAGUCAAUCCGGAAUGUUACCAUAAGAUGUGCGAGUCUUGUGUCGACAGAAUAUUCUCUCAAGGACCUUCGCAGUGUCCUGUCGUUGGAUGUGAUAAGAUUUUGAGGAAGCAAAAGUUUAGGAAACAGACCUUUGAGGAUAUCCAAGUCGAGAGAGAGGUUGAUGUUAGGAAAAGAAUUGCAAAGACCUUCAAUAAGCGCCAGGAGGACUUUCCGUCACUUAAGGAAUUUAAUGAUUACUUGGAAGAAGUGGAGACCGUCACAUUUAACUUGCUCAACAGUGUUGAUACCAAUGCCACUGAAGCUAAGAUCACAGCUUUCGAACAAUCGAACAAGUCAUCGAUCCUCCAGAAUGCCGCCAAGGCCGCACAAGAACAGCAGUUUGCAUUAGCACAAAGGGAAUUCGAGAAGGAACAUCAUAGAAAAGCAAGGGAACUUGAAAACGAGAUUGAAGCUUCGGAGAAACGUGAAAAGGCAGAACAUAAAGCAAACCUGCUCAAGGCCCUAGAGGCGGAUAACCCGGAUGCAGAAGUAGCAAAAGUGAACAAGCUGGCAAGAAAGAAGAGUUCGAUGAGAAGAGAGAAUCAGGAACGACGGGCACGAGAGCUAGAGGCCGCUAGGAAUGCGCCGGCAUUUCAGUUCAUGUCGAAUCUCAACCGGGUUGCAGAAGAGGCACCACCCGAGAAGUAUGACCCUGUUGAUGGAUUUGACGAAACGAAUCGGUACUUUAUGUAUCGAGAUAGAUAUGAGAGCCCCUGGUUGGAUGAUACACGUAACAACAAGACCGUGCUGGCCGGUGGUUACCUUUUACAACAGUAUUAUGAGAGAGCUGUGUUCGAAGCUUUCUCAGGGGUUGGAUGUUUCAUCGAGGACCCUGAUAUAGAGGCAGAAGAGGCAACUCCGCUAGGCUCUUUUGAUACGCCCAUGAUCGAUUCUACUGUGUAA